AUGGCUCCUAGACGACCUCGCUCAACAUCAAAUGUAUCUGCUAGCAACAUUAUUGCAAGAGCACCCACCGCCUCCCCACAGCUCAAGAAACAAUUUGCGCUCGCAUUCGACUCCAUCUAUCAGAACAACCUCAGGACUAUCAAACGCCGCGACCCAACGAUAGUCUCUAUCCUCGACCAGUUCAGCCAUGUAUGUUUGUACAAGUUUAACGGCAUGACCAUGAAAUGGGAGCGAGAAGGAUACGAGGGCAGCAUUUUCAUCGUCGAACACUCGGAUACACCAGUCCACGGUUUCUACAUUUUGAACCGCCUGGGUACCGGCGACUACAGCAGACGAAUCUACCCUGAGGAUGACAUUGAGAUCCUAGGCAACUACCUCAUGUAUCGAUACUACUCCGAUUUUACCAAGAAGCGGAUUGCCAUGGACCUUCCCUUCCCUUUGCCCCUGCAGUUCCGUCCCAUGUUUGACCAGGAGUUUGCCAAAGACCAAUCACUGCCAGACGAGCCGGAGCAAGCCCUCCAGCCAGGCCAGUCCGAGAAGUGUAGGAAAGGGACUUCCGUCACACUAGGCAUCUGGCAGUUCCCUCAGGACGGCCGAAUUGAAUCGCUCAAGGACGUCAUGACACGACUGCAUUCCUACGUGAAGCAAGGUCUUCCCUAUCCUGAACAAUUCCGAUAUGGCCCAGGGCGUCCGCCCCCUCCCCCUCCUAAUGGCCUGACAGAGACUCUUCACAAGAAUGGCCAUAGUCUGGACCUCCCUCGCGCACCAACUGUUGGAAAUGGCCCGGCCAGCGGUCCAUCGGAGGUUGACAUGCUGUUCGCCAAGUUACAACCCUCACCGACGGCUGCAGCUGCUCUAACCUCUUCGACGACCUCUAACAUGUCAGUGCAAAGCCUUUUUGCGGCUUUGCAAGGACAUGGUACCAAUUAUCCAGCUACAGGCGAAAGCCCCGCAAUUACCCCCUCACCUACUGCGGCCACUGUCUCACAGACCACUUCGACCCGCGGGCUGGCCCUCCUUGACUCAAUCUUCGCGUCUGUCUCUCAGCCAACUAAUGGACCACCCGCUCCUCACAUUCAAAGUCAGGCACCUCAGCCAGCUCGGCUUCCGUCCCAGCCGGAAGAUAUUCAAAUCGUCUCGCCGAAGCCUCAGUCGUCUGCUCUUCCCCAGAUCCUUACGCAGAAUGUCAUCUCUUCUCUGUUAGGUCUUGGACAUAACUUGGCCGGCUCCCGCGCGUCUUCCACUGCCCUUAGUUCAGGCAGCUCGCACCGAUCGACAAACAUUCGGUACGAUGGCGAUAACGAGUCAAGCGAGAAUUCCGAGGGCGACCUUUCAGUACCGAACACCGCCCUGGAGGCCCCGCAGGAUCCUGCUAUCCUUACGAGAGGCACAUCGCACCUCGUUGUACCCCAGAACGGCAUGACGUCAGGAAGUCAAGGUGAUGUUACCCCUCGCGCUCCUGCAAGAGGCAUUGGUUCAACGUCCCCGACGCCGAGCACACAACUCUCCCUGUCCUCCUUACUCACCGCAGCCGGAGCUGGCUCUGCUACUCCUAUUAAGCCCGUCGAUGCUCCCGCGACGAAUCCUCAUCCCACUGCUACGGACCCGGCCCAACGCGCUCGUUCGCUCGUCCCCUUCUCCGCAGAUUCUGAGCUCUGGCCAUAUCCUCGUGCCCCCCUGAAUGACAACGAAGUGUCCGAUGUUGACGUCGUCGAGCUCGACUUCUCGGACACUCGCGCACUGAGCGACCCGUCGCUCUUCAAAGAGAAGCAAAAGCAAGCUAAGAAUGGCGAAAAGAAGAAGAAGAGUCGCAAAGAGCGUGUGGCAGACAGGCAGAAGGAGCGUGAAGCGAUCGAGAACGGGUGGGAUGACCCGACGAAGGGGCAGGUCACUGUUGACGGUGUUACCUCUAUGAACGGGGCGUCGCUGUCCGUAACUGCGCUGUUGCAGUCUGCUGCGGGCCAGUCGACUCCACAGCUCAAUGAGAACGGGGCGCAUCUUGCCUAUGAUGGCUCCACUCUUAACGGAAAUGGCGAGAAGAGUACUGCAGAUACCACUCGCGAGGCCAUUCUUAAUACUUUGGCAACCCAUCCAAGGGCCCCGGCGCGGAAUUUGUCACGCAAGGCGUUCAUGCAGGAACUCAUGUCCCUGAUCUAUGCGGACCAGGGUUUUGUGGACAAACUUUAUCAGGAGUAUACUGGUUCAGCAACGUAG